AUGAUUCAAGUGCCGAGCGCUACGGCAGAACGCCCCUCAUCUCCAGAUGCCCCAACAUUCGACAAGGAUGCCGCAUUGGCGGUGGUGAGCGACGAAGCGCAGGAGAUCGACCCGGCAGUGGAGAAGCGUGUGCUGCGCAAGAUCGAUCUAUUCUUCAUGCCAGCAAUGUUAAUAGGAUAUGGAUUUGUAUACUGGGACAAAGCUAUCUUGGGGAGUGCAUCUCUGUUCGGUAUGACAACUGACCUGGAACUACUUGUUAUCGAUCAUACCACAUCGCCUCCGUCCAAGGACACAUCGCGACUCAGCUGGGCCACUUCCAUAUUCUAUUUUGGAAUGUUGGCCGGCUUGUACCCGAUGACGUUUAUCCUCCAGCGCUUCAAAACGCAAUAUGUAUUCGGCCCCAUUGUGAUGCUCUGGGCUAUUACCUGUGCCGCUACAGCGGGUGUCAAGACAUGGCAGGGUUUGUUUGUACAGCGAUUCUUCCUAGGUUUUGUUGAGAGUGUGGUUCCCACGGGCUUCAUGACUAUCGUGAGUAGCUACUAUACACAGAAGGAGCAAGCCAUGCGUCAGGCAUGGUGGUUCUCCGGUACUGGGUGGUUCACUAUUAUUGGCGGUGCCUUGAACUACGCUUUCGGCCAGAUCAGCUCUCGUGCACUGAAACGUUGGCAAUACAUUUAUAUCUUUGCCGGUGCGCUUACAUUCCUGUUUGGACUAUGGUGCUGUAUUAUGCCCAACUCGCCUGUCUCUGCGUGGUUCCUGACCCCGGAGGAACGGGUUGUUGCAGUGGAGCGACUGCGGAAAGGACAGACGGGUGUGCGAUGCCAAAAGAUUAAAUGGGAUCACAUUAAGGAGUCGUUCCUGGACCUGAAGUUGUACCUUGUUGCGAUAAUGAUGGCUUCUGCGUAUACGAUCAACGGUGCCAUUUCCGGUUUCGGUCCCCUCAUCGUGUCAACCUUUGGCUUUAACACACUGGAUUCGAUCUUAUUCCAAUUCCCCGUUGGUGGUGUUUGCGUCAUAUUCAUCCCAUUAUGCGGCUACAUCUCGUCACGUAUCCCGAACACACGCAUUCCCAUGCUGGUUGCUUGUUGCCUUCCUGUCAUCGCUGGAUGUGUGAUCAUCUGGAAGUCCGAAUGGGGAUACCAACCCGCAGCCCCUGUUGUGGGCUACGCAUUGACGGGGUUCUUCGGACCUGUUGUCAGUCUAAUUAUCACCCUUGGGGCCAGCAAUGUGGCGGGUGCUACGAAGAAGACCAUGGCGGCCACGGUGUUUGUGGCUUACACCGUCGGUAACAUCAUCGGGCCACAACUUGUCAAUAGUAAAACCGUGGGCCAGCAUUAUCCGGAGCUGUGGACGGGUAUGGUGAUUUGCUAUUGCAUCACCAUUGCUGCCGCAGUAGCCCUGUAUCUGGUGCUCUGGAGGGAGAAUCGGCGCCGGGACCAGAUGGACCUCGAUGAGAGCCAAAGGGAUAAGCUGGCGUUCCAUGAUCUGACUGACAAGCAGAACCCAUUCUUCAGAUACGUUCUGUGA